AUGAGCAAUCUUGCCCUAUGGCAUCAGCAGCAGCGUCUAACGCAGUUCAGGUAUCAGCAACAUCAGGCUCCGUCACGAGCUUUGACCUUCAGUGAUACCAGAGAACAGGGUACUCCCUACUAUGUUCCGGCCCCAUCAUACAGCAGUCAUCCUCCUGUGCCUUUGGUAGAAAGGACUCCUUACCAGCAGUCCUUUCCUUCUGGUGAACUCAGUGGAUUCGAUUCUCAUUGGCGGUGGCAGCAGCAGCAGCAGCAAGACGUUGGUGUUCCUCCCUUCUAUCAUCAUCAGUUCGGCCAAGAGCAGCAGCAGCUGACCUCCCAUCAUUUCCUUCCACUACGUGAGCACGAACACCAACCUCCUUAUCACUAUUCUGCUAGUACUGGAGUCGCCCAGCCACACUGGCAGCAGGAUUUGGGGGGACAAACUCAGUUGAGGGAGCAAAAUCUGCAUGCCCUUGUUGUUCAGCAACAACAGAGAAACCACGAACUCCAGCUGGAACUGUUGGCACGGGAACAGGAACAACGCCAUCGGGCACAGCAACAGGAACUCAUUCGUCAGCAGCAACAAGAAAGCCUUCGCCUGGUACUGGAAAAACAGCAACAAGAAAGCCUUCGUCUGGCUCUGAAAAAACAGCGGCAAUUGGGAAAACAGCGGCAAUUGGAACUACAGCAGAAAUUGGAUCUGGAGCAGAAAUUGGAACUACAGCAGCAAUGGGAACUCCAACAGCACUUACUGGUGCGACAGCAUCCUGUUGUUCUGAAUGAGCCACCUAAAGUUAUGCCACCCAGUGCCGUGGACGAUGAACAGCCUCCACGCUGCAGAAAUCGGGUGAAACCUGCCGUGAAAAACAUCAAUCAGCACCCACAUAAUAUCAACGAGGAAACGAAAGAGACCAAGAAAAGUAUGGAAGAAAAGCACGUUCUUCGCGUUACAGAACCAAUGAAGACGCCGAAGGAGCGCUACGACCAAUGUCAGAAACUCGGCGCCUUGCAGAAUGAGAAGUAUGGGUCUGCCAGAAGAUCGAAUGCACGCAGAACCAGAGCCACGGAGGGAAACAUCACUGCCUAUAUUCCAGACAAUGACCCCUUGCUGGACCAUCCAAAUCACCACUUUGCCAAAAUCCAGUACCACGAUGACACUGUUCUGCAGGCAAUGAUGGAGGGCAGAGAAACCAAGAAGAUCCAACACGUGAAAAGGCCCGGCAAAAGCAAGAUUGACGUUUUGGGUGAACGAGACAACGGGAUCCUCGUUGAACUGAGCAUUCCGUACGAGAACGACAGCUUCAUUCGGGACAUUGCCGAUUCCAGUCGCAAACUUGUCCUGGAGCACAAAGAUCCAGAGUUGCAAGAGCGGUUGAAAGAGCUCGCCUUGCUUUCCAGCAAGACGUACACAGUGAAAGGUGGCGAUAGUGCACCAGCACUGUUUCGUGCAGCUGAGGUCCACUACAACCAAGAGAGAAAGGAGGGGAUACAGUUCAUGAAGAUUCACACCGACAAGGUUGGCAGCAUGGUGACAAUCUACGUGCUUGAAGGAGUCAGUUGGAAUUUCGUGGUUGUGCCAAUGGAUGGGGAAGGAGAGGCACCCAGCUUUGACUCGACCUCUGGGGACUAUGACGAUUACGUGGCCUGGAAGAACGAACUCAAAAAUUCGAACGAGGCCGAGUUCGAGCUGGUGGAACAAUACGAGGAGGUACUCAAGAAGAACGGCAAGGGCUCUGUUGUCGUCUACAAGUUAAUCCCUGGUCAGCGCCUCAUCUUUGACGCCAUGGGACUCACCCACGGCGUUAUUGUCCCGGGAGGGCAAAAGCGCUCAGUGGUUGUUUUCCAUGACUUGCUUCCCCAAUGGGACGGUUUUGCUGAGGUCCGGAAGAGUCCCAACGUCACUGCUCCUGCUGGUACGACAGAGGACACGGACUAUGGCAGCAGGAAGAGGGGAAAUGCGGCUGGGCCCCAGCUUCGGCGCAGUAAACGGCGCAUGGCAUCGGUGUAG